AUGGCUUCUAAUUCAAACUGUGGUGCUCUUACAACACGCAGCAUGACUAACAUAUGGCUGAUUGGACAGUUACAAAGUGAACUUCCAGUAAAUGUAUUGCCUACAACAGGUGAUGUCCUGAGAAUGUUUUUUUAUUAUCAUCAAGUAGAAAAGAAAACUGUGCCUGAAAGUGCAAAACUGUCGUCAGAUAAGGUCAUGGACAUGUGGAACAAGGCUAGAAUACCAACAACCUACCAUACUCAUGUUGUAGAAAAAGUAAAGUCGGUAGUUGAUGACUACAAGCUAAUAAAAAAGAACAAAAACAGACAAAGUGAAGCACAACGAGCACGAGAGAAGGAAUUUGAAGAAAAGGAGCACAUGCUGUUUGAUAUUGCUCACCAACACGCCAUGCAGCUCAUCCGAAUUCAGGAAGAUAUAGAAUUUCUUGAAGACCAGAGGGGUAGUCGACGAAUGCAAAUGAGUGGCAUUGAUAAAGACCUGACCAAGAAAGAAGAGCGCACAGAACAACGUAAAUGCAAAGAAGAAGAGAGAAAAGAGCGAGAGCAGGAGCGGAUGACAGAAAGUACCUCACUACAUUUAUCUAGUUCUGAUGACAGUGAUAGUGAACAGCAGGACACAGAGGACAACUAUGAAAUUGAAAUUCCAGUGUACUACAAAAAGCAGAUCAGUGAAGUAGAAGACAGUCUGUCAAGCCGUGCCAGCAAAAAAACACGAACUGUGCAGGAUAUGUUGUCGUCGCCAGAUGUUGCUUUAGCACUGGAUAGAAUAAACCUGUCAGAUAAAAAGUUCAAAGUAUUAGCAGCAGCCAUUGCACAAGCUAGUGGGCAAGACAUCAGGGAUACAUCUUUGUCACGUUCCACAGUUCAUCGUAAACGACAGCAACAUCGAUCAACCAUUGACAGCAGUAUUCGUCAACAAUUUCAGGAUCGUGACAGAAACCCCCUUCUGUUGCUCAAAUUAUGGGACGUUAGUGAAGACAUUAUAGGCAUGUGCUUUGAUACUACUGCUGCCAAUAUUGGGACGUCAAGUGGAGCAUGUGUUUUGCUGGAGAAACUGCUCCAUAGAAAUCUCUUGCACUUUGCUUGUCGUCAUCAUGUACAUGAAUUGAUAAUCGGUGAAGUUUUCACAGUUCUGUUUGGUCCAAGCCGUGGCCCCAACAUUGGAAUGUUUGAAAGAUUUCGAGCCUACUGGCCAAAUAUAAAUCAGUCAAACCACAAGCCACUUGAUGAUGACAGGAUGAACCACUCAUUGCUACAGAUGAUGCGGUCUGACAUAGUACCAUCUUUGACAUGUUUUCUUUCAGCUGACAGCUCUUACAUCCCACGAGAGGAUUACAAGGAGUUGGUUGAACUCUGUCUCUUAGUGCUGGGUUAUCCAAUGCAGACUGAUGGCAAGUACCAUUUCCGUGUUCCUGGAGCAUAUCACAUGGCCAGAUGGAUGGCCAAAGUGAUCUACUGUCUCAAAAUGUAUUUGUUCCGCAAUGAAUUCAAGCUAACAGCAACUGAAACAAAAAGUUUAACUGAAUUCUGCCUAUUUGCAACCCAUAUAUAUGUGCCAGCAUGGAUGUUGUGCCCAAUACCCAGUGAUGCACCAGUCAAUGACCUGCAAUUUCUGAGCAGAAUUGAACAAUACUCUGAAAUCAACAAGAAUGUAGCAAGUGCUGCCACAAAAAAGUUGAAGAAUCAUCUGUGGUAUCUCGGUACAGAAAUGGUUUGGCUGUCAUUGUUCUCAAAUAAGGUUGCAAAUGCUGAGAAGCAGUUGAUUGUGGAAGCAAUGACUGCAGUAGAUUCUGACUGGAGUGUGCGAGGUGUCAAAUAUCCUGCAACUGAACUGGAACAGGUGAAAAGCAAACCACUGCAUGAUCUGGUAUCAGGUACAUCUCGUGCUGCAUUGUUAUCACUUGGAAUGGAUGUUGCUAUCUUGCGUAAAACUGAACCAGACUCAUGGAAUGAUCUUCCUUUAUUUCAAAAAGUAGCAAAUGUUGUGAAGUCACUUAAGGUCGUUAAUGACACUGCAGAACGCACUGUGGCACUCAUGACAAAUUUUAACCAGUCUAUAACCAAAAAUGAAACAGAACUGCAAAAACUGAUACAGGUGGUGGAGGACAAUCGAACACGUAUUCCGGACUCCUCUAAGCGCACAUUAGCCAGUGCUCAAGCAGCUGCUGUUACGUUUUGA